AUGGUGGUGACGCAGGGGAACAUGUUCGGCUGCUACGACAGUUACGCCUACCGCCUGUGGAGUCUCGCUAACGUCUGGACCAACUGCCAGCCCGCCUCCGGCGCCGCUCCCGCCGACUUCUUCCACAUCGAGUGCCCGCAGUGCCGCAAGGCCUACCCGGGCUUCCAGGCGCUGCGCGAGCACGUGGAGGCGGAGCACCCCAGGAGCGCGGCCUCCGCCGCCCCCGCCGCCAUCUCGCCCCCGACGCCGACGCCCGGCGGUGCCUACCCCUGCCCCCAGUGCAGCGUCACCUUCGCCACCAGGGACCAGCUGGAGAAGCACGAGCUCCUGCACUCGCCCAACGCCACAGUCUCGUGCAAGAUCUGCAACAAGACGUUCGCGAACGUGUACCGGCUGCAGCGGCACAUGAUCAGCCACGACGAGAGCGCAGUGCUGCGCAAGUUCAAGUGCCCCGAGUGCGACAAGGCGUUCAAGUUCAAGCACCACCUCAAGGAGCACAUCCGCAUCCACAGCGGGGAGAAGCCGUUCGAGUGCGCCAACUGCGGCAAGCGCUUCUCCCACUCCGGCUCCUACUCGAGCCACAUGACGUCCAAGAAGUGUCUCGUGAUGAACCUCAAGGUCGGCCGCGGGGGCGGCCGGGGCCCCUCUGCCGCCGCCGCCGCCGCCGCCUGUUACUUCUUGUGGGCGAAGGAGUGGGUUGCAAUAGCAGGUUCCAGCAGGAUGAAUUUUUAUGAUCGCGGGGCAAAGCGCGUCUCGGCGCCCCUGGCUCCCGGCGGGCACGCCGCCCCCAACAACCACCACCUGCACGCCGGCAACGCCACCUCCGGCGCCGGCAGCAACAACGGCGGCAGCAGCCAGUUCCCGCCCAUCCUGCCCAAGUUCGCGGCGGCCGCCGCGGCAUACCUGGGCAGAUACCCGCCGCACGUCGCCACCCCCUACUACGUGCCCGCGCCGUCCGCCGCCGCUCCACCAUCGCACCACGCCGCAGCAGCGGCGGCAGCAGCAGCAGCUGCAGCGGCGCAGGUGCAAUAUAAGCUGCAGCAGCCCGCGGCGGGCUUCGGCCACCUGUUCCAGCAGCUACCAGCCCCCUACCUCCAGCACCAGCUGCAACAGCAGCUGCAUCACUUCCAGGCGUGUAAAGUGGAGGCUCUGCCUGCACCAUCACAGCACCACCAGCAGCACCACGAGCACAGAGAGCACCAGGAGGAGCAGACGGCAUCUGGGGCAGAGGACGACCGCGAGACCCAACGUCCGGUGGUGAAACAGGAGCGCCUGGAUGAAGACCAGGACCGAGGGUCAGAGCGCGACCACGACCCCGAGGACAGGGAGCGCCAGUCACCGGAGGGUACCCCGCGACCGGAGUCGGCAGCCGCAUCGGCGCCAGUUAUCAAGCAGGAGCGUAUGGACCACGAGGAAGAGGAAGAGGACCGCGGCUGCUGCGAGGAUGUUGACAUGGAGCAGACCAGGCCCAGUAGUGGCCACCAAAGCCCAGGCUCACCACACGCUGAUCAAGCCAAGGAGGGCGUGGAGCGCCUGCUGGAGUUGGUGGGGUCCACAGUGAGCCGCCGUCUGGUGGAGGCCGGUGCCCAGCAGCUCUCCGGGUCCCCGGCCACCCCCGCUGGAAGCAGCUACUGCUCCUCCUCAUCCGCCUCCAGUGUCGCCAGCGCCUCGUCGCCACUCACACUCAUCCACCCAUCCAACAACAAUAACAGCAUCACAACAAAUAACAACAACAACAACAACAACAACAACAACACCCUCGAGGACUUGCAGUGCCGCUUCUGCCACAAGAGGCUCACAUCUGCCGUUGACCUGGAUCAGCAUGAAAGGUUCCUGUGCUGUGGCGGCGGAGGGUCCUCGUCAUCCUCCGCAGCAAGUGGCAGCGGGAGUGAGGGCCUAGCGGCCAAGUUGGAAGAUGCGGUCACCGCCAAGACGGAGGAAAUGUCCAUCAACGGUGGCAGCGACGAGGCGAGUGACGACGACGAGGGAGGCGGCGGGGGCGGAGGGGGUGGCACCGCGGGAUCCACCUCCGGCCUCCCCGGUGUGUCUGCUGGGAACCACAGCUCUGGCGGAGGUGGCCUGAGCGGUGGCAUGGGUCGGACGGGCAAGGUCCGCGUGAGGUCGCUCAUCGCCGACGAGCAGCUGGCUGUGCUCAAGGGCUGCUACGCCGCCAACCCUCGGCCCAAGAAGGACGAGCUGGCACGCAUCGCCGACCGCAUCGGAUUCCCCGUACGUGUGGUGCAGGUGUGGUUCCAGAACACACGAGCACGCGACCGCAGGGAAGGACGGCUAGUGCAUGUGCCAUACCAAGCACCGCCCCCACUGGCCCCUCCACCUUCGGGGCUGCCGUCGCCACCCCCGCUCUAUGACCUUACUGCCUGUGAGCAACCCCUUGACCUGUCUACCAAGCCUGCUUGCAGGAAACUGGAGCCUGUUAAAGCUGAAUGGUCCGACUACUCCUGCGGCGGUGACGAGGCGGCGAUGAAUCUGAGUGUGGGCAAGGCGUCCCCCGCAGCGUCGGCGACGCCCAGCCCGCACCGUAGCACUGCCCUCGACGCAGGGCAGUCUCCGCCCCCGGCACCCGCUUCUGGCCCGGUCGCCACCCCCACCUUCCCCUUCGGCGGGGACGGCGGCAGCCGGCUGGCCCGCAUCCUGACGCAGCCCCGCGACUUGUUUGCACUGGCAGCCCUGGAUCGGCUGCCCUACGGAGGACCCGAGUCCCCGGCACCCUUCGGCCGCUAUCACGAGAACGGUGGUGACUCCUCCAGUCCGCAUUCCGACAAGCGCCCGUGGAAGCAGGGUUACGGGGAUGGCGAAGACACGACGGACGAUGCGGAGGACUCGGGUGGCGACCCAGCUCUGGGCACUUCGCCCUCCAAGAGGCACCGCCUGCUGGCCGCCCUCGGUGGCACUGACCGAGAGGCCGAGGGCCAGUUCGUGUGCGACCAGUGCGACAAGGCAUUCGGCAAGCAGAGCUCGCUGGCGAGACACAAGUACGAGCAUUCCGGUCAGCGGCCUCACAAGUGUGACGUCUGCACCAAGGCAUUUAAGCACAAGCACCACCUCACAGAGCACAAGCGCCUGCACUCUGGAGAGAAGCCCUUCCAGUGCUCCAAGUGCCUCAAGCGUUUCUCGCACUCCGGAUCCUACAGCCAGCACAUGAACCACCGCUACUCCUACUGCAAACCCUACAGAGAGUAGCUGCCGGACGUCGGCCCCCUCGGCCACCGUCCCGGCCCCGGCUACUCUCGCUGUGGACUGUACGGGGUGUAGCCUCCUGCAGCCGAUGCGCGAACUGCCGCUACUACCGCCUCGAGUCCUACGGAGAGCGGCCGACCGACUCGGUCGACCGACGUCCCGGUGCCUGCUACUCCCACGUGGCUCGGGCUCCCGUGCCACUACCGCUGCCGGUCCUGCGGAGAGUACGUGACGGCCACUGUCGUACUGGUCGCAGUCGUCACUUGCCGCCACCUCGGAGACGGUCUGCCACCCUGGCCGCGCACGGUGCUGGGAGCAAAUUAAUACUUCCGUAUGUGUCGGCUACUGUCAUUACGGCAACAUCUCACAAAACUCUGAACUGAAUUGAUUAUUUCAGCUACACCACUCUGUGGCUCUUCCACAGUACCCAGCACCUCUCACUACGAGCUUCACAGAGACUGGAUAUCGGGUGCUAUGCUAACCGUCACUGUGCAGUGGCGUAUUUUUCAGCUGGUACUGGUUGGAGCACACCACUUGUACCUUCUUGUGUAUGGAGCAAAACUACACCGAGAUAGAUCCUGUAUUGUAUAAUUUGCAGUACGCAAAAGUGCUUGAAAGUCAGUAUUGCACAGUUUCCUAGCUAAGAUGUACUCUUUUGAGCAGUUCAGUUGUCGUAGCUAACCUUGCCAGUUUGACAAGCUGUGGUUCAAAAUACGUUUAAAUCAACUGGUGUUGUGCUUCUUUGCCUUACAGUAUCCACUCAAUACAGGUGUAUUUUUCUCCUGCCGCUGUGUGAAGUGUCAACAUUUCUCCUUUGACCGAUCAUUUUUGCCACACUCUUCGAGCGGUAUCACUCCAAUUUUUCCCUCUUAGCUUGGCAUGAGGACGUAUUAUUUCAGAAACUUUAAUCCUUGCUAAAUUUCACCAUUAUAAUAUCACAGAUGCUGUUCUUGAAAGUCAUUUCACCUAAUUAAAUACCACCUCAGCUGAUAUUUACUGUAAUUGCAAUUACUGAUCAUUUGUGAUAAUGGAGUUAAACUACUCAAUCUAGCGUACCACUAGAACAUCACAUUUUUGGUAGUUAUUAGCCACAACAUCUUUGAAACAAAUACCUUGUUUGCCUCUUAAUUAGGUCAACUCGUAACAUGUUCCAAAGCUUAUCCAGUGGCAGGUGUUGAAAUACAUACUUAGCAUAUAGUACUUUGUUUGUGUCCUUUGUAUUGUCAUUCAAUUCUAUGGCUUUUUAUAGCUUUUGCCUAAACUCUCAUAUUCAGUUUUCCCGAUCCAGGAUACAGCUAAGACCAUUUGACCUUAGUGAUGGGUGUAAUCUGGCAAAAAUUUCCAUUGAUGAACAAUGGCUAUUUUGGAGUGCUAAGACAUGCAAAAGCCAUUGCACUUCCAAUUUUCAAAUUCACUGACAUGGUUCUGAAUUAACCCUGCUCUUGAAAGAUCACAAUGGUUUCUAAAAUUACAUAUGGACAGUAAUUUGUAUUUGAUAGAUCACAUUCUAACAAGAUAAAACUGUAAAGAACUUCACUGUGGCCCUG